AUGUCAGGCUGCGAGGCAGCUGGCGUGGCGUCGACCGCCGUGGCGACAGUCGCGAUGCCUUCGCGAGAGAAUGGCGACGACAUGGGCGAAGACCCGAAGCGCUUCGACUUCGGGUUCGCUUUCAACAACGCCGACUUUGCCGACCGCAUCGUGCAGCUUCGGAUUUGCCCUGACGAAGCCACAACCCCGCGUCGCUCCAGCAGCAGCGGAAGCUUCGGCGCUGCUUCCGGCGGCUCCCCGUCCCGCGGAGGCGGAAGCCCCGUUUCCCCGACCGCCGCCGCCGCUGCCGUAGCCGCCGCGUCUGCCGCCGGGAAUCUAGGAAAGCGAUGUUCUUCUAUCGGAGGGGGAGCGGGGGGGAUGGAGCGGGAGGGGGGCGGAAGCGAUUGCGCGGAUCUGAUGGACCUCUCGGGGGAAGGAGGCGAGGGGGAGGCGGAGGGGGAGGGGAGCGGGGGUGCGGGGGAUGGGGAGGGGGAAGGGGAGGGAAGGCGAGACGUGGAGGGGCAAGUGCGAAGCCAAAGGCAAAUUGGAGGGGCGGCGAUGGGGACAGGGACGUGUGGUGGGUGCGGCUUGGGGGGCGGUGGCAGCAUCAGUGCUCACCUGGGCGGCAGUAGCGGGAAUCUGGGCGGCAGCGGGGGUGCAAAUCUGGGCGGAGGGGGGGGUGGCGGUGUGACGAUAGGGAGUUGUGGUGGGUACAGAGUGGUGAAUCUGCAUUUGUCCUCGGUGGUGCUGGCAGCGAAGUCUGCCUUCUUCCGCACGCUCUUCACGUGUGGCUUUAAGGAGACGUGCCAGAACAACCCUGUGGUCCUCAACGUCUCGCCAGAAGAGGAGGGCCCAGUGAUCGAUCUCCUCCGAUUCAUCUACACGGGCGACAUGGCGGAGGGCAGCAGCGACCCGGAGGACAUCAUCAAGAUGUACCUCGUGGCCGACAAGUUCGGCGUCGCCUCGUGCAUGAAGAUCUGCCUCGAGCGCCUCGUCAACCUCCCCAUGACCGUCCCCACCGCCUGCCUCUACCUCUCUCUCCCCGACUCCAUGCACUCGCAUAGAGGGGUCGCGCAGCUGCUGGAAGCUUCCCGGGGGUUUCUGGUGGCGCAUUUCAGGGAUCUGGAGCGGGUGCACAAGGGGGAGGAGUUUCUGGAGCUGCCGCUGGUGGGCGUGCAGACGCUGCUGGCCAGUGAUGAGCUGAAUGUAAGGGACGAGCUCACGGCGUUUCAUGCCAUGGUGGAGUGGCUGAGGCACCACCAUGAUGACCUGGAUGACAGGAAGCGGGCAGCGGUGCGUCUGGCGGAGCACGUGCGCUUCCCCCUCAUGACAGGGGACGACCUCGAGGACGUGGUGCUCAAGGCACCCGAGGUGGACAGCCCCGAGUGCCAGGCGCUGGUGAGAGAAGCAGCAUGGUUCCGAGCAUACAGCUUGGUGCGUCGGCUGAGGCUCAUGAACGAGACAGCCGCCACACACAGGCGCUUCUGGCAGCGCCGCUGGAACCGCAACUCCGUGGGCCACGUGUACUUCGAUAUUCACCUCGAGAGGUUUCAGGCGCUGGCAGUGGCAGCGACGGUGGAGUCUGCCACGUUUGGGAUCGGUGGGAAGCGGUUCUACCUGUCAGCGCGGCACGGGAGGCGGGACGAUGGCACGGAAACGCUUGACAUCCACCUUCACCUUGAGAACAGCCACAGCGUGCAGCCGGAGAUCCAGGUGAGCUUCAUAUUCUAUGCCAAGCGGUGGCCGGAGGGCCAGUUUGACUACCUGCGGGACCGCGUCACCAAGGGGUUUGGGCGCAACGCGAGCAACUGGGGGUACAGCAACAUCUUGGGGCGGCCGUGGGCGGAUGUGGUGCAGGAUGAGAGCAAGUACUUCAAGAACGGCGUCAUGUCCGUCUUUGCUGAGGUGCAGAUCCUGGAGGACGCAGGCCGCGGGCCCGUUGUAGGGGGCUCGGCUCCUCUCCCCACUGCCGGCCCCACACGUCCAGGUCCGGCUGCACGCCCCAAGGUGGGUAAGGUUCCCAGUGAGGGUCGGGAUCAGGAGCGGCUGGUGGUCGCUCUGGCGAAUCCCAUCCACGCGGGUAUGGGCGACGGGGAGGAGGGAAACGGAAGGCAGUCUGCGGUACGGUCGGCACGAGGGGAUGCUGACGUCGGGGUUGCUGCCAAGGGGGUAGCGCAGGCGGAGCAGUGUCUUCAACAAGCGGUGGGGGAGGAGACUGAGCAACAGGAAGGGCGACCGGCGCAAGGGGUACCGGCUCGGGUGGCGUGGACACGGGCGGCGGCGGCUGCGGCGGCGCUUGAAUCCCCUCCGCCGCCAGGAGUGGCGGUGUUGGCGGAUGAGAACUCGGCGCAGACGCCAACGACUGGGCCAACGGCUGCGGAGCCGGCUCUGAUGCCGAGGACGGCUGCUGCUGCGAUGUCGAAGACUGCGACAUCGGCGGCGGGAGCUGCAGGGGCUGGGACUGCGCCACUUGGGGCUGAGCAGACGGACCAAGCGGGCGAUAAGCUUGUGGUCCGUGCGGGCGCUGGGGACGAGGUGGCCGACGACGGCGAAAGUUCUGCCCGCGUGGUCGCAGUUGAGGAGGUGCCCGGCCACGGGACAAUCGGAACAUCGGCUGGCGAGGGGCCGGCGAGGGAGGAGGAGGCUGCGAAACACCGCCACCUACUCCGGCCGCAACCACAUCCGCGGCGGCUCGGAGCAGGGCUGGGACCUGCCCGCCCUGGGCCCCUUGCGGGGUGGGAGCAGCAAGUGGACUCGCCGGACGCUCCGGCGCCUGGUGUGGGCGUCGCUUGCCCGUCAUCGAAUGCGCCUGCGGGCACGGCGGAGGGGACACACGAGGCGGAGGCUGUUAUUGCGGCGGGUGCGGACCACGAGGAUACGCUGGAACGACGCGGCGACACGGCAGAACGCAGGCGGUGGGCUGGCACGAGCCGUCAAAGAGCGCUCCAGGACCAGGCCGACGAACGUGCGGCAGGACGGCAGCCGCAAAACGCGGCGCCAAGGGCGGCGGGCAGAGGCCGAGGGAGGGGACGUAACGGGGGAAGAGGUCCCCGAGAUCUGGCGGGAGCAGUGGCGAGGGAGAAAGCCAGAUCUGGAAACUGGCGGGAACGGCAUGAGAGGCCAGAGGAGCAGGUCGAGGAUCCAAUGAAUGAAGGAGAAGAGGAGGGCGGGUCAGAAUAUAUGGCCUCGCAGGAAGCGGAUUCAGAAGAUGCCUCAUUGGAGGCUGAGCAGGGGGUGCCCAUCCCGACCACAAAUCGGGCUGGAGGAAUCGGACGGGAGCGAGUGGAGGCCCCAGCAGACGUGGGAGAAUCAGGGCCGCAGCAGCCCAAUGAGGCCGCCAGCAAGGAGCGAGAUCCCAGCAUCAUCGUGGAUGAUGAGGCCACCCGGCAGCGGAUUCAUGCAUGGGAUCUGGGACCACUUCAAUCCAGCGCCCAACCCUUCCUGACGGUGAACCUGCUGCUCAACACCUACCAGAACGAGCAGCUGCAAGAUCUACUUCUCCCUGCACGGUUGAUAGCACUCGAAAGCCAGGAGGCGGCGUGA